AGUUUUGCUGGUUUUGUUGAGUUUUGCUGUGAUUGAAAAGUCUGUCUAAUCUUCCAAAAGGAUCCUUUUACAUCUAGUAACGCACAACUUGAUUCUUUUAAGGUCCACUUAUGUUCUUACCAAACCUGAGAGAAGAUGCAACACGAUGAGGUAAUAUGGCAAGUAAUAAAUCAAGGCUUCUGUUCCUUCAAAGUCAAAACUGCGACUCAGACAUUUUGUCGAAAUGAAUAUAAUGUGACUGGCUUGUGCAACAGACAGUCUUGCCCACUGGCAAACAGUAGAUAUGCUACAGUUAAAGAGAAGGAUGGUGAGUGAAUAGAAAAUAAAAGAAUAGGGAACUACAUGAAAGUUAAGAAAUGAUUUGUAACUUCCAGUAACCUGAUAUACUGGCCGAACUUUAGUAUACAUAAAUGCAAGCAGAGAUAUACCAAAAUAGUCCAGUACUUGAUAAGGAUGCGGAAACUUAGACUUAAAACAAGUAAAAAACUUGUGACAGUAAACAAGAAGGUUGAGAGAAGAGAAAAAACAAGAGAGAGAAAAGCUUUAGUAGCUGCCCAGCUAGAAAAUGCCAUUGAGAAAGAAUUGCUUGAGAGACUCAAGAAAGGAACAUAUGGAGACAUUUACAACAUUCCUAGCACUGCAUUUGAGAAUGCUCUGGACAAAGAAGAAAUAGAGGACGAGGAAGAAGAAGAGGAACUAGAAGAGGAGGAAGAUGAGGAGGAAGAGCCUGAAUUUGUGGCUGAAGAUGAAGUGGAUGUUAGCGAUUUGAGUGAUAUUGAGGAUCUACAAGUAGAGGCAGGUGAACAAGAAACAGAAAGUGAAGUUGAGGAGGAAGAGGAGCGAGAAAAAACAUCUCAAAGACAUGCAGGAAGAAAAGCAAGAGUAGAAAUUGAAUAUGAACAAGAAAGAGAGCCUAAAAGAUCGAAAUUAAAAUAUGGAGACAUUUACAACAUUCCUAGCACUGCAUUUGAGAAUGCUCUGGACAAAGAAGAAAUAGAGGACGAGGAAGAAGAAGAGGAACUAGAAGAGGAGGAAGAUGAGGAGGAAGAGCCUGAAUUUGUGGCUGAAGAUGAAGUGGAUGUUAGCGAUUUGAGUGAUAUUGAGGAUCUACAAGUAGAGGCAGGUGAACAAGAAACAGAAAGUGAAGUUGAGGAGGAAGAGGAGCGAGAAAAAACAUCUCAAAGACAUGCAGGAAGAAAAGCAAGAGUAGAAAUUGAAUAUGAACAAGAAAGAGAGCCUAAAAGAUCGAAAUUAAAAGUGUAAUACCAGCAGUUAUAAUCUUUGUUAAUCUGAAUUUCAAGAGGACACAUGGAAAGAUUAUGCCUUUUUGGGAACUUGCAGGUCCACCUGCUUUUGCUCUGAUGAGAAGCCGAAAGAGUUUAUUUCCAAGCUGAUGUGUCAUUGACAUUGAACAUUACAGGCAUGCAAUUCGUGCAGAACACUGCUGAUGCUAGACUGUCAAUACAUAUGAGUUGGUCAACACUCUGCCAACUGUUGACCAACUGUCGAUUGAAAGUCAAUUGAGAUGUUGAUAAAGUGUCAAUCUAUUGUCAACCGAGUAUUGAUCAAGAUUUUGAUAUGAGUGUUUAUCUAGAUGACGAUGGAUUGGUGAUCGAGGGUCGAUUAAGGGUAUUGAUCGACACUUGACAGUGGAUGCCUUUAGUACACAUGAUCUGUCUUCUCUAUACCGUUUUUGAAAACAAAUUCAGAUAUAUAGAUCACACAAGAAAAGCUGAUCAUCUCUGAUCUGUAUACUAUCUUUCAAGGUCAAUGUUAUUUAAGAAAAUGUCAGUGAAGUUUGUAUUUCGACCUUGAAAGAAGUAACGUGUUAUGGUAAGAAAAGAACAAACAUAUUAUACGGUGGUCACAUGAUGGAUUAGAGGGAAAGAACAAAAUUUUAGAGUUUUUCAAAUUAUGGAGGGGCUGCCUUAUGUCAUGGCUGCGGUGGAUAAAAUAGGCACAAAAUUUGACCCCUAUAUUAGCUAAAUGGCUGAUUAGGAUACAUUUUCUCCUUAAGUUAUCAAUAUAUACUGAGUUAUGCAGGUCAUAAGAAUAAUUAAGGCAGUUUAUUUACCACAGAGAAAUAAUAUUAGGUAGACCAAAGGCUAGUAAUGCAUACACAAUGGGUGACAAAAGUAGUUGAGACACUUUCGGGAAAUGACGCUUUUCAAUAUUUAAGCACUUGUGCUAUUUUAUUUGCAUCUAGCAUUAGUUCUCUGAUACCCCUGGCCCCCCAAUUCAAUGUUGUGUAGGUGCUGUGGUCUGUGCGGUCUAAGAAGUAGAGAAAUCAACACUGUUUGCAGGGGAAGGGGGGAAAUGUGUCCAAGACACCCAAAAAUCCAAUUUAACUGCCAAGUCUCUCAAAAUUUUUGUCGCUCGUUACAGGUACAGGUAGCUAUGUUGCUGUAGUACUUUGCACACAUUGCAGGCCUACAGUACAAGGUCAUGCAAUGUGUACAGGAGGCUAUGUGUCUGUACCCAUUUGCAUGCACAAUUUACAGGCAUACAGUAACUAAUGCUCUGUCACAUUGCAUACCUGCAAAUGCUGUUACCAAUUAGGUCAGCAAUGCAUGCAAAGGACAACAUCAGCAAAGCUUGCUGUCAGCGUUACAUACAAGUAAUGCUAUUGCCAAUUACCGUAGUUUGGUAAUUUUUGCAAAGGAAUACAGUUUCAUAGCCUUCUGUAUGCACUGCAUACCUAUAACACUAUCUUGUGCCAUAGGCCUGUAAUAUGUGCAAAGGACUACAGCUUCAUGGCCCUCUGUCUGCAUUGUGAACCUAUAACACCAUCACCUUGUACCAUAAGCCUGCAAUGAAUGUAACAGGACAGCUCUACAGUGAAACCUGCAUAAAGUGGACACCCUUGGUACCGUCAUUAAUGUCUGCUUAAUACAGGGUGAACGCUCUAAGCAGGGUCUAACAUAUUGUGCAAUAAUAGUUAAUUAUUAACCAUUUUGUAACACAGUGUAACAUAGUGGAAGAUCAAAGACUGCUCAUAGCACAAUGUCCAGUCAGUCAACGCAUCAGUGCAUCAAUCCGGAAUAUUUAAAUGACAUCUCUGAACAGUGUUAAAGGAGUCUGAGCUGAGUUUUCAGAAGUAAGAAGCCCUUGAAUUGUCCACUUAUUGCAUAUUUUGUGCAACAAAAUGGGAUAAUAUUGAUGUCCAUAUCCACUUAACAGGGGUGUCUGCUGAAUGCAGGCUUAUUUUACAGUAAAUGUCGGAGGAAAAUUUUGGGACUCAAGCUGGUGUCCACUUAAUAGAUGGUGUCUGCUUAAUAUGCAUCUGUUCAGUAAUUGAUCACAGAUGACUUUGAAAUGUGUUAAGGACAUCAGUAACCCACUGGGCUAUAGAAUCAUGUGCCACUUUUUAUAGAAAAUUAAAUAGACAAUGAAAGAGAAGUUGGUUUGUGAACAUGUUGCCUUGGAAGAGUCACUACAUGUUCCAUGUCACGUUUCCUGUUCAAGAAGCCAUGCAAGUAAAUCAAGAAAGAAAGGCAUCACGUUCAGUUCCAAUAGAGUUUAUUUAUUUUAUUACUUCUACUGCCAUUAACCCUUUCACUCCGAAGUUUAACCCCCAGGCAAUGCCAUGCAGUUAUAAGUUUUGAAUGAACCCCUAAUGUGCAACUAUUCAAAUGAAGCAGUACUUCCAUGUUGUGCUCUUUAAGAUAAAUUUAGCUUGUUCAACUUUGAAUGGAAGUGCUUUUGGGAGUGAAAGAGUCGGAAAAUAAAUCAGAGUUCAUUUGUGAUAAUUUUAUUGUGUGGCAAGGGUUCAGCACAAUAUAACAUGUUACUGACAGCAAAUCAGACUCUAUAAAAGGGUGCUACCACUACUUAAU